UUCGUUUCUUUCACGAAUAACAUUCUGUGUGAAUUCUGUCCGAUUGUGAGACUAGCUUUCAAUAACUGUAGCGUUAUUUUUCUUUAGAAAUAAUACAGAAUAUGAAGAAUUAGAAAUAGUAGAGAUAUAAGGAGUGUUAUUUACUAAUUGUACAUUUAAAAAUACAUACUUUUUCUAUCAAAAUGAGAUAUGCCCAGCUAGUAAUGGGUCCAGCCGGCAGCGGCAAGUCCACUUAUUGUUCAAUUAUGCAACGACAUGCUGCAGACUCGAAGAGGACAGUAGAUGUUGUGAAUUUAGAUCCUGCGGCAGAGUAUUUUGAUUAUCAGCCUUUAGCAGAUAUAAAAGAUUUAAUUCAAUUAGAUGAUGCCAUGGAAGAUGAUGAGUUCAAUUUCGGACCCAAUGGUGGACUUGUAUUCUGCAUGGAGUACUUAGUCGAAAAUGCAAGUUGGCUGGAAGAGAAAUUAGGCGACACAGAUGAUGACUAUAUAAUAUUCGACUGUCCCGGACAAAUUGAGUUGUAUACUCAUAUGACUGUGAUACGGCAGUUGAUAGAUACCCUGCAAAAACUGAAUUUCCGUGUAUGUGGAAUAUUUCUGAUAGAUGUACAAUUCAUGAUAGACGCGUCUAAGUUUCUGUCAGGCACCUUGGCCGCCCUUAGUGUAAUGAUAAACUUAGAAAUUCCGCAUAUCAGUAUUCUUAGCAAAAUGGACUUGUUGUCGAAGAGCGCGCGGAAAAAAUUGGACGACUAUCUCGAUCCCGAUCCGUACAGUUUAUUAGCGGAUGUAGAAGAAGAUUCGUGGAACGAGAGGUAUCGCAGUCUUACAGAAAGUCUGGGCAGAAUUAUAGCGGAUUACAGCUUAGUGCAUUUCUUGCCGUUGAACAUUAAGAAUGAGGAAAGUAUCGCGGACAUAAAGUUAACAAUCGAUAAUACCAUACAAUAUGGCGAAGAUGUGGAUGUCAAAAUGAGAGAUUUUGAUGAACCGUGUGAGGAUGACGAACCGAAUGAUGAACCUUAAUCAUUUUGUAAACGUAGGAAGCUGUUUUGCAUUCUGAUCGUGUACAUACGUAUAUUUUUAAGCGAUAAAAGAAAAGAAAAGAGAGAUAGUUUUGGAAACACAAGGAA